ACGUAGAUGAAUACUUUGGUUUUGGUUUUCCUUAGAUAAGCCACUCGGCUGUACUGACUGGGUAAAUCUUCUCAAGUGGUUUGAAAAUGGGGAAAUUUAAACCGUCACAAGCGAUACUUCCCACUGAGAUUCGUCAAAUUUCCGAAAUCACGAUAGACUUUACCCUGUCUUUUCUAAUCUCAGUCACAGGCAUCGUCACCAAUACUCUUGUUAUUAUCGUCUUCGCACGGCUAGGCUACAGAGAAAGCGUCAACAUAUCCAUGACAACCAUUGCUCUCUGGGACUUGGCGAAGUGCGCAGGCGCAGCCCUGCAGCGUUUUGCCGGACCAUUGUCUUUGUGGUCACUAGCGGUCGCAGAGAGCUGGAGCAACGUGGGCGUGGUGGUCAUGAACUAUUUCGUCUGCUUCUCCAGUUACGUCACAAGUGUUCUCGCCGCUUACGUGGCUGUGGAGAGAUGCCUGUGCGUUUGUCUGCCUUUCAAGGUCAAAUGGCUUCUCACCCCGAAGGUCACGCUGUUUAUGUGUGUCUCCAUAUCAAUCGUUGUUUUCGGUUGCUUUGCUGUUAUGUUCAGUAUUUACGACGUCAUAUGGGUUUUUAGUCCCGAGUUUAAUUCGACAAUCGCUAUCUACAGAUAUAAUACCUUUGCUCUAGAGAAUAAAGCUAUUCUUUUCGAUUACUAUAAUUAUUCUGGGAUCGUCUGGCCAACUGCCAGUUUCGUUGUGAUUGUGGUGUGUACAACCAUUAUCGUCUACAAACUUGCCAAAAGUUCAGAGUUCAGAAAAGGGAAUUCCGAUGUAAGUCAGGCCGAAAAACAAGGUGAAGCGCCGUCCUCUCAAAACCUAAGCGGGCGAGAUCGUCAAGUGGUCAAGAUGUUGGUGGUGAUCAUUGCCAUCUAUGUUAUCAAUCUUUCCCCCAGGAUCGCUCUCUACAUCGCAAAGCAAAUCAUAUUCGAUUUUUAUUUUCUCAGAAAAUAUCACAACAUGUUUUUGUUUGUCGUAUAUCUACUUUAUAUUUUCGACUUAACAAACGGGGCAAUUAAUUUCUUCGUGUUUUACACUAUGAGUACUGCGUUUAGAAGCAAGUUUCUCAAUAUGCUCCCCGCUAACAGAUUUAAACGAUGUUGUUCUCCGUCAUAUUGAUUGUCUUUUUCAUUAUGCGUUAAAACUGACAGGAUAACCGUUGUCAAAGAUUGAAAGACUAAUGAUAAUAUGGGAUAUGCCUGCCAAGCGGUGAUUUUAUAUAUUUACUUAACUCCAUAAUUCUUAAAGGUUAAUUAUAUGAUAUAAGAUAGGCCUAAUAUAUAAUAACGGUCUCCUUUUUCAUUACUAAUAACUUGUUUACUUGGAAGAGAAUGCCACACUGUAACAAAUUAUAAAGAACACAAUAAUUUCAUUGAACAUCAACCAUCUCUCAAACUUCGCACUAUUUCAGCGUGUACUAGAGAGCUCAACACGUGUGUUAAGAUAAUAAAUAAUUUAUUUUUAAAAUCGCACCCUUUUGCUCUUCCCAUUGUUUUGCAGUUAGUUAUAGGUAUUUUUAUUCAUCUCUUCAAAAUCGAUUUUAAAAAAAAAGCUCUACCUUUCAUUUCAACGAGAUUGUAGAUUGUGGAAGUUGCUGUAGUUCCCCAACUCUUCUCUUGUAAUGUUGUGUCCUGUACUUGAGUAAGGUGAAAGAAGGCGUUCGUUUAAAACAGUUACAUUGAGGAAACUGGCUUUUUCCUGCCAGUUUAGUUAUUUUCAUCAAUUUUGAUGGGGAGGUUUUUUAGCUCAACAUCUUUUAUAUGUCCAUU